AUGUCGGAGGUUGGCGACCCUCGGGCAGCAAGAUCAAGAUAUGUCGACCGCGAAGAUGGCGGACCACCCCCACCUCCCCCAGCAGCAUCUUCACCCCCAAGAAAAUCAACACGAGAUCCACGCGACCUUGAAGAAGAUAUAACGUCUCCUCCACCUAGAAGAAGUAGACGCGCUCACGACGAGGAAGAACCUCAACCUACGCGGACGAAAGAUCGCAGGGAUCGAGAGCGAGACAGGGCUGACCGAGCAGACCCACGAGAAGCAGCAGAGCCUUCUCGAACCAAGUCGAGAAAAUACUACGACGAAGACGACGAUCUAGAAGCAGCUGUAUCAAAAUCCUCAUCGCGCCGAAAACCCAAAGAAGAAGACCUUGUGGACAGCGGUGACGACGAUAGAGCCUAUCGCAAAACAAAGUCCAGGCCGAAGGAAGAUCCAGACAUGAACGAAGGCCGUCGCAGAGAAAGAGAUCGCGACCGAGAUCGGGAUCGAGGGAAAUACGCUGAUGAUGACGACUAUGCUCCACGCAAACGAAGAGAAGACCCUGCUCCUCCCUCAAGACGUCGCUACGAUGAUGAGCUUUCUGACGAGCCUCCUCCGAGGCGCAAAAGAGACAAGUACGACGAUCGCGACGACAGAGGUUACAAGUCGGAUGCGGGUCGUCGACGUCGUUACGACGAUGAUUACGAGGAAACACCUCCACGUCGUUCAGACAGAGAUCUAGAUCGUCGCAGGCGAGAGAAAGAACGUGAUAGGGACAGGGAAAGAUCCGACGACUACGAUGAUCGCCCUCGUGAGCGCGACCGUGAUCGAGACCGAGAUCGAGACAGGGACCGCUACGCUCCACCACGCCGCAGCGGCACAACCAGACGCGACGACAAGUAUCGUGAUAGUGAUCGAGAUCGUGAUCGGGACAGGGAGCGAGAUCGUGGCUACAAGAGCUACGACGACCGCCCAUCACGUCGUAGAGGCUACUCUCGCGACGAUGAUCGAGACAGAUACGACGAUCGAGAUCGUCCCAGAGGUUCGGGCUCAAACAAGAAGAAAUCAGACUUGUUCGCACCCGAGAAAAUCGACAAAUACGUCGACUUUGGAAAGAAACAUUACAAGGAUGUGGCGCCAAUUGUGAGCAUGUUGGCCAAGACGUACAUGGACAAGAAGUAG